AUGUCCUACAGUUGCUACUCUGGAAACUACUCCUCCCCAUCCUUUAGGUGCUGCCUGCCUACCUCAGGUUCCUCCUGUGGCUCUUCCUACCCCAGCAACCUGGUCUACACCACUUCCAGCUGCUCUCCCAGCACCUGCCAGCUUGAUUCCUCACUGCAUAGUGGCUGUCAGGAGACCUACAUUGAGCCCAGCAGCUGCCAGAGGUCCUGUGUGGUGUCCAGCCCCUUCCAGAUGCCCUGCUACUACCCCAGGAGCUCCACACCCUGCAGUCCCUGCCAGGGGACAUAUGCUGGAUCUCUGGGCUUUGGGUCUAGCAGCUGUCAUCCCCUGGGCUAUGGGUCUAGAAGUUGUUACUCAGGUGGCUGUGGAUCCAGUGGCUUCAGAUCUCUGGGUUGUGGGUCCAGAUUCUACUGCCCAACAUACUUGACUUCCACAACACCUCUACCCACUUGCUAUAGGUUAAUCUGUAGUACUGGCUUCUAG